AUGGAGAACAACACAGAAGUGACUGAGUUCAUCCUGCUGGGACUAACCAAUGCCCCAGAGCUGCAGGUCCCCCUCUUUAUUGUGUUCACCCUCAUUUACCUCGUCAAUGUGGUUGGGAACCUGGGCAUGAUGGCGCUGAUUCUUCUGGACUCUCGUCUCCACACACCCAUGUACUUCUUCCUCAGUAACCUGUCUCUGGUGGACUUUUGUUACUCUACAGCUGUCACUCCCAAGGUCAUGGUUGGAUUACUUAUAGGAGACAAGGUCAUCUCCUACAAUGCAUGUGCUGCUCAGAUGUUCUUUUUUGUGGCCUUCGCCACUGUGGAAAACCUACUUUUGGUUUCAAUGGCCUAUGACCGCUACACAGCCGUGUGUAAACCCCUCCAUUACACCACCAUCAUGACCACCAGUGUGUGUGCACAACUUGCCAUAGGCUCCUACGCUUGUGGUUUCCUGAAUGCCUCCAUCCAUAUUCGGGACACGUUCAGUCUGUCUUUCUGCAUGUCCAAUCUGGUCCAUCACUUUUUCUGUGAUGUUCCAGCAGUCAUGGCUCUCUCUUGCUCUGAUAGACAUGUCAGUGAGCUGGUUCUUGUUGUUGUAGCAAGUUUCAAUAUUCUUAUUGCUCUCCUCAUUAUCUUGAUUUCCUACCUGUUCAUUUUUAUCACCAUCCUGAAGAUGCACUCAGCUGAGGGAUAUCAGAAGGCUUUAUCCACCUGUGCCUCCCACCUCACUACAGUCUCCAUCUUCUAUGGGACAGUCAUCUUCAUGUACUCUCAGCCCAGCUCCAGCCACUCCAUGGACUCAGACAAAAUCGCAUCUGUGUUCUACACUAUGAUCAUCCCCAUGCUGAACCCCCUGGUCUACAGCCUGAGGANUAGCCUGAGGAACAAAGAGGUUAAAACGGCUUUUAAGAAGGUGGUCGAGAAAGCAAAAUUGUCUCUAGGCUCUGACUCUUAA